AUGUUAUCAUCAAAAAAGACCAUGAUCUCAUCAUUUACAACAUCACCACCCACUCGUACAACAACAUUACCAGAUGAUCCUUCUCCAUCCGAUUUAUCUCAAUGGAUUAACACUUUGGCAUCACUUCAUCCAAAUUUUGAAUUCUUUUAUCCAAAUACUUGGAAAUUGGAUAUGGGAUCCUCGAGUUCAACUCUGAAAAUCAUUUCACCAACAGAGAUUUCACCAUGGUUCAAUCCACAAGAUGAGAAUGAAGAUGAAUGUUUGAUGGAUCAAAUUCGUGUCGAUUUCACACUUGAUAAAUCAUCUCAUGAGGAAAUUCAUCGAGAGACAUUUUCAAAAUUAAUGACUUCGUAUGCAAUUUCAGAGUAUUGUGAAAUUGAAAUGUUGAAAGAUUUUAAAGAGUUGAAUCAUCAUUCACAACAACAAUGGAUUGCAAAACAUAGUUUGGUUCAAUACUUGUCUUAUGGUAGAAUUCACAUGACACGUCAUCAUGUCAUUACAGUUUCUGUUCCAACUAGUACUAAUAGCACCACUACUAAUAGUUCUAAUAGUACUACUACUAAUAGUUCUUGUUGUACUUUUAUUUUCAGUUACUUGACAGAAACAGGUUGUGAAAAGAAUUUUCCAGUGUUUAAAAAGUUUUUGAGAAAUUUCAAAUUUCCACAAGAAGGUACCUCAAUGUUUUUGUAUGAAUUGUCGACCGAGUAUGGCUAUUCCAUUCUAUUGCAGGUUCCAUUUCCUUAUCAGGUAUCUCAAAAGAGAGAAGGUUCUCUUACUGUUUAUACUCCACAACAUGUGAAAUUCUCAUCCAACUUUUCCACAUCACUUUCUGCAGUUCCCAGACAAAUGCAUUUUGAUUUUCAAUAUGUGAAAUCGAAUGAUGAGAUGAAUGUUCAAGAAUUGGCUUCAGAAAAUUUCAAAUCUGCUCAACAAAUUGAAACGAUCGCUCCUCAAAUCGAUCAAAAACCACAUCGUGUGAAAAUCUUACAAGAAUUGACACCUGACGAGAGGAUUCCAAAUUCUUUUGUAUUCUCCUAUGAACAUGACACUGGAGAUGAUGAAAAGAAAUUUGUUGAAAAACAUUUCAUCUUGUUGUCAAAUGGUGAUUUCUUGGCUUCGAGUUUUGCCAAUUCGAUCAAUAUGGACCAUCAGCAAUCAGAAUUACAAGUCUUUAGAAGAAUGUUAGAGUCACACUUGUUGGUGGAUAAAUCAGAGAGAAGAAAAUAUGCUUCUAGGAUUGUGAAUAGUCUCAGUUCCACACAACAGAUUAUUCUAGAUCAACAAUUGAGUGAAUUCAAUGUUGCCAUCUAUGGAGAGAAUGGAGUUGGAAAGUCCACUCUGAUUUCACUUUAUUUGUAUGGAGAAAAUCAAGAGAGUCUUGUGAAUAAUGGAACGAGCAACACGGAGGAACAGACCUUUAGAAAGUAUGUUCCAAAAUCAGAGUCACACUCUGCAUUUGUUUUGAAUAUUUUAGACACUUGUGGAAAUAUUGAAUUUGAGAAGGGAGGUCAAUUCGAGAAGGCCACACGAGCCGAUGCUGUCAUUUUGGUUUGUUCAGCAGAUCAACCAUCCUCCAUUGAGAAACUGACAACCAUUAUUAGUAGAAUUGAAAAGUUAAAGAAGAGAAAGGUCUCAGAAAUUCCAUCUCUCAUUGUCUUUAACAAGGUCGAUAUGGAAAAUGCUUCUGCCAAAUCUGAAGAGGCCAAGAAACUUGCCGAUCAAUUUGGUAUUACGUUUAUUGAAUGUACAACCAAGAAACUCUCAAAAGUUGUCGAUAUUUUUGAAGGAGCUUUGAUUGCAGAGCUUCACUCCAAGCAAUACGUCAUCAAUCGUAUGCAAUCCGAUCAACAAUUGUUGUCUGAGGAUGUUGAGAAUUUCCAAUCUUUGAUUAUUCAAAAUCAAAUUGAGGAAAUUGAAUCUCUAAUUUCUUCUGGAUCUGCUCCUUCCAUUGCUUCUGAAUACAUGAAUUUGCCAAUCAUAUUCUAUGCUGCAGACUCUGGAGUCGAUGAAAAUAUUCUCAAACUUCUCAUUGAGUACAAUGAUCAAUGUGAAAAAUUCAAAUUGAAGAAUUUCACAACCAAAGACGGAAUGAAUUUGGCUUUGUAUGCUGUGAGUAAGGGAAAUUUGAGAGCUCUAAAACUGUUGGAGACUUAUGGCAUUACUCUUGAUAUGGAACCAGCAGGUGCUUUUGAUAACCUCAAUGUUUUAGGACACAUUAUUACAGUGUUAUUGAGUGAACCUGACAAUGACAUUGUUUCAUAUUUGUUGGAGAAGUAUGAAAAAACUCUUUCACACUUUGUGAAUACUCCAUUCAAAGAUGAAGAAAAUCUCACCUGUUAUCCAAUUCAUAUUGCUGCCAAAUCAGGAUCCACCUAUGCUGUCAAGUGGCUGUUAAAUCAUGGUGCAUUGCAAACCAUAAACGAAAAGGAUGCCAUGGGUUUGACUCCAUUGCUCUUUGCUGUUGCUGAAGGUAAUGAUUCUUUGAUGGAAUUGUUGUUAGAAUCUGGAGCCAAGUUAUCAGAAGAGGCACAGAUUGAAUUUUUGAAAGAAAAUUGUCCGAAGGACAAAUUACCAGCAGUUUCAUUCGUACUCGGAAAGUAUGGUGUGAAAGUUUAA